AUGACAGACAAUGUCGGUUUAGAUUGGACAAAAGAUCCUGAGGAAGUGAAAAUGCACCCGAUUCAUCACCAUGAGAAUGGCGAUAAAGUCACUUUAGCAUCGAAUGAGGGGAUGUCAUUCGGCGUUGACGUAAGAUGCUUGACUAGAGCCAGCACCAUGUUCCAGGACAUGUUCGACCUCUCCACAUCACACCCAAAUGACCAUCCUACCACUACCAAAAACUCCACCAACAUAUUCGGCAGCCGGGAACCUAUCGACAUAGAUGCACGCUCCGCCGUCCUCGAGCACUUCAUCGACGCAAUUAUCGUGUCAAAACCACAUACACCUCCUUCUGACUUUGACGAUACUGCGGACCUUCUUACUCUGUGCCAUCAAUUCGAUGUUCUAACAGAUAUCGUUGGACCGAUUAGACAGCGAUUAUUGGAUCUGGGUCAGGAUCAGCCUUGGAAGCUACUCCGAUGGGCUGCUCACAGAAACGAUAGGCCGAUAGGUCAAGCAGCUUUGCAGAGUAUGAGCUGGACCACGUUCUUGCGAGGCGAUGUCAAUUCCGCCAGCUCAUUUUGGACGAGCAUCCAAAGCCUUGCACCUAAUUGGGGCUUGAAGAUCCUUUCGACGGCACUGUCAAGACCGACAAAAGGUACCGUCGAACAUGCCGUCUUGCGGGAGUUCACCUCCAAGAAAGGCAGACAAUAUACCAAGUGGGUCAUGGAAGCGCAAACUGAAAACGUGUUUCCUUUGGUAGAAGGGGAUUUCGGGGGAUUGUGGGAUGGGUUUAAUGAAGAUGAUUGGUGA